CGGCGGCUCUUCCUCGGGCAUCGCCGGGACCGGGACUGCCAGCGGAGUCGGCGCCGUUUCGGAAAGGUGCGAGGAGACUGUGGCUGCUUCAGUCCGGCCACUGCUAUGGCCUGGGGCUGCCGCUGAGUUUGCGGAUCCGAUCGGGGGUGGCCGCGGAGGGGAGGAAGGCACCGAAAACCCGCCGGGAGCUGCCGUCCCCGGCGAUGAGCGGCUGAGGUGGGCCCGAGCGGUGGCCGCUGGACCUCCGUGCCGCUCCACACCUCCUUCCCCAUCCCGGGACGCGGAGUCGGCCAGCGAGGCUGAGACACCGCUCCCUCACCCCGUUCCCGGCGCCAGUGCCCGCGAGGGGUCGGCGAUGGCGGAGCGGCUGCCACCUGGUCCCCCGGUGAUUUUUUGCCAGGACUCCCCGAAGCGCGUCCUGGUUUCCGUUAUCAAAACGACCCCGAUCAAACCAUCCUCACCGGCAGCCGGCGAGGAGCCGGCGCCCGCCCCGCCCGUCCCCAACAGCCCCGGCUUCAGCGACUUUAUGGUCUACCCCUGGCGCUGGGGAGAGAAUGCCCACAACGUGACCCUCAGCCCUGGCGCCGCCGCCGCGCCCCCAGCACUCCCACCGCCCCUUGGGGGAGCGGGCAGGGCGGUCACCGGGGACGCCGAGCGAGCCGGGAGCCCGGGCGACGGAGGCGGCAGGCACCGGCACCUGAAGGAUGGGCUAAGGCGAGGCCGUCCGAGAGCAGACACCGUCCGCGACCUGAUUAGCGAAGGAGAGCACUCUUCCAGCAGAAUACGCUGCAAUAUCUGCAACAGGGUUUUCCCACGAGAGAAAUCUCUGCAGGCCCACAAACGAACGCACACCGGUGAAAGGCCUUAUUUGUGUGACUACCCAGACUGUGGGAAAGCCUUUGUUCAGAGUGGACAGCUCAAAACCCACCAGCGUCUCCACACAGGGGAGAAACCUUUCGUCUGCUCAGAGAAUGGAUGUUUAAGCAGAUUCACACAUGCAAACCGUCACUGCCCCAAGCAUCCGUAUGCCCGACUGAAGAGGGAAGAGCUUACAGACAGGCUGAGUAAGAAGGAGACUGCUGACAAUAAAGCUGUAGCUGAGUGGCUAGCAAAAUACUGGGAGACCAGAGAACAGCGGGCUCCUGCUUUGAAAAGUAAAACAAUACAGAAAACAGAUCAGGAGCAGCAGGACCCCAUGGAAUAUCUUCAGUCUGAUGAAGAGGAUGAUGAAGAAGAGAAAAACAGCGCUCAUUCAGCUGCUUGCCGCCGCCUCCAGGAACAGCGUGAACGCAUGCAUGGCGCACUGGCUCUGAUUGAGCUUGCAAACCUAGCUGUGGCACCGCUGUGACAGUAGAUCGGAACAGUCUGCCUAUACAAAAUGUACUUACUGGUGGUAUUUAACCAGUUAGAUCCUGAGUAUAAAUAAGCUAAGCACCUUAUUUGCUUUCAUAGGCUGCUAUUCUGUAGAAUUUAUGAAGAAUGUUGUUGCCCCAUUACAUGGGGUGAGAGAAUUGCACUUUUUUUAAGGUAAAAGAUAGUUGUAAAGUUUCUAAGUAUUUUGUAAAUACAGGAAUGCAUAAUGCAGGGUUGACAAAUGUAUGUGUUGUGGGAAGCUAGAUUUUGCAAGGUUAACUCAUUUAUUUGAAGCAGUUUUCACAGGAAGCACUUUCUAAACAAAGUGUUUGCGAUUAGCAGAAUGGUACACGUGGCCAAAGAAGCCUGACAAAGAAGAAAAGUAUUUAUCUGACUAUUUAAGCAAGUUUAUAUUAAGUGGUAGGUCUGAAGGUGUUAAGCAGCCAUGAAACCGUAUUUUUUUGGUGUGAGUACAUCUUUACCUAGUAUUACUGAGGCCGAAGGCAAAAAGCUUGGUUAUCUCAGCUUUCAGAAGGGAAGAAACUGCUUCAUGCAGGAAACUGUAAGAUCAUUAAGGAUCGUCACUGUGACUGCUCAAGGUGUGAGGCUUGACUUUGCUGUUUUACCUUUUCUGAUUUGAUUUCAGCAGAAUCUCUUGGUAGCACUUGUUAAUCCUAACGUGAUGUUAGGAACUUUUGCACAUUGUUGGGUUUAUCUGAAAAUGAUUAGGCUUGCAAAGUCUACACAAAGGUAAAGAAUUGGCAACAUUUUUUUUUUUUUCAGCUAUUUUUGGACCCUGUAGUGAUUUGGCACUUGAAUUUGCUAAAGGGGGUAUUUACAUGGUGGUAUGGAUUUGUAGUAAACUAUUUUAGGAGUCCUAUUAGCAAACACUAAGUUCUAAAGUAUUGCUUUUAUGUGAUUAUUAGCAAAUAGCCUCUGUACUUUCCUUGCAUAAAGCCACCUUAUUGCUUUACUUCAGGAUAACAUGCCAGUUUUGUGUUCACUAACUGUAGCACAGCUGUCAAUUAAACACUGCAGAAAACUAUUCACUAUACAACUAGGAAAUAGACUUCCGAAGAUAGUUACAAGUGUGAUAACAGUGUGAUUGCAUAUAUUUCCCAAAUAAAUGAAGUUGCAGAAUGCUGCCUAGUACUCAGAUGCUGAUAAGAAAUGUUCAGUAGGGUAUCUUGUCACUUCCUGAAUGUUGUAUGCUUUCGAAGAGGAUUGUCUCAUGGUGAUCAUUUUCUGUAUUUUGCUUUGAAGGCAACCAGAGAUUCCUAAUAUGCUAACAAAACUUUUUUUAGUGACAGUCAUUUAAAAUCUGUUUUCAGAUCAGACGUUUUGUUUUGUGGUUUUGUGUGGUUUUUCUGGUUCUAUUCUUGUUUCUUUAAGCUCCUGCUUAAGGGGCUAUUUUUGUAUAUCCCUAUAAAGGGUUAUAAAAAAAUAAGUUGUAUUUACUGACCUGCUUGCUUUAAUUCCUUCCUCUUGUUGAAGGUCAGGAAAUUCAGAUGAGAAGAGAAGUCACUUUCCCUCUUGCUUAUACAAGAGGAAGAAACAAUUUUACCAAUCAUUUGAUAUAGACUAACCAGAUGCAUACAGCUGUUCCAGAAACGUGAGAUUUUACACCAGAAACUGCAACUGUUGGAUCACGUUCUCUAAUAACCUGUUGUGGUUGAAAACCUCAUUAACCCAGUUUGUUUUGGUUUUAAGUCGUGUAUUGAUGCACUUAAGUAAAGAGUAAUUGAAAAUUAAAAAUGAAAUUAAAUCAUUGAAUGUAAAUAAUUUUGCACCACUGAUACGGUUUAACUUUUGCUUUCAGUUCCUAGGUGUCAAUUCCAGAUGUCAGGCUCAUUUGUUUCUGUUUAAAGUCUUUCAGGCUUAAAGGUGUGAAACAUUGUAGUCAUUCUAGGCUUCUCAGCCUAUGUAUUAAACUGGUAGUUUGCGUGUGUAGGUUUGGAGCCUCUCAAAUUACGUGCUUUUGAAUGCUUAGUUGGCUGCAUGCAAAUAGUCUGAUCCCAAAAUGAGACCUGAACCUAAAUCUGUUGCACUUCUGAGUCAUAAUUCAGAAUUGAUCUCAUGUAGAAUUUCACGGGGCACAAGACUCUGUAAUUACCAGCCAGUUGCAGACUGGAGUCUUAACUUCGUAGCAUUGAUUUUUAAUAUUUUUUCUUUAGUAUUACUAUUUUUUCCCAGUCAGCUGUAAUGCUUUGGGCAACUCGCAGAGUAUUUCUUAAGAUCUGACAAGUGCACUGAAUUGUACUUGGCUGUAAGGAAAAUUCAGAAGCAGUUUUGUGUUGUGACAAGUUUUGGGUAAAAUAUCAGAUAAAAAAAAAACCAAAUGUGGAAAACCGCUUUUUGUUUUGUUAAGGAGUGAUUACAUGCAAGGAAUCUUGAAUUGUUCAGUGCUUUGAAAGAUUUAAGUUGUAGUUUGGCAUGACUUAACAGCAGGUGAGUGGAUGUGCUGUCAUUUAAAUAGAAGCUUUGAAUAAAAGCUUGGUUUGAUUUUCA